AUGCUGUGCAUGGUUGGGAGUUCAGAAAGUACCCCUCCCCCCGAUUCCCCAUUCCCCUCCCUCCCCCCGAUUCCCCUCCCUCCCCCCGAUUCCCAAUUCCCCUCCCUCCCCCCGAUUCCCCUCCCUCCCCCCGAUUCCCCUCCCUCCCCCCGACUCCCCAUUCCCCUCCCUCCCCCCGAUUCCCCUCCCUCCCCCCGAUUCCCAAUUCCCCUCCCUCCCCCCGAUUCCCCUCCCUCCCCCCGAUUCCCCUCCCUCCCCCCGAUUCCCGAUUCCCCGAUUCCCCUCCCUCCCCCCGAUUCCCGAUUCCCCUCCCUCCCCCCGAUUCCCCUCCCUCCCCCCGAUUCCCCAUUCCCCUCCCUCCCCCCGAUUCCCAAUUCCCCAAUUCCCCUCCCUCCCCCCGAUUCCCGAUUCCCCUCCCUCCCCCCGAUUCCCGAUUCCCCAAUUCCCCUCCCUCCCCCCGAUUCCCAAUUCCCCAAUUCCCCAAUUCCCCUCCCUCCCCCCCGAUUCCCGAUUCCCCUCCCUCCCCCCGAUUCCCCAUUCCCCUCCCUCCCCCCGAUUCCCCAUUCCCCAAUUCCCCUCCCUCCCCCCAAUUCCCCUCCCUCCCCCCGAUUCCCGAUUCCCAAUUCCUCUCCCUCCCCCCGAUUCCCAAUUCCCCUCCCUCCCCCCGAUUCCCGAUUCCCUCCCUCCCCCCGAUUCCCGAUUCCCCAAUUCCCCUCCCUCCCCCCGAUUCCCAAUUCCCCAAUUCCCCUCCCUCCCCCCGAUUCCCCUCCCUCCCCCCGAUUCCCAAUUCCCCUCCCUCCCCCCGAUUCCCAAUUCCCCUCCCUCCCCCCGAUUCCCGAUUCCCCUCCCUCCCCCCGAUUCCCCUCCCUCCCCCCGAUUCCCGAUUCCCCUCCCUCCCCCCGAUUCCCGAUUCCCCUCCCUCCCCCCGAUUCCCAAUUCCCCUCCCUCCCCCCGAUUCCCGAUUCCCCUCCCUCCCCCCGAUUCCCGAUUCCCCUCCCUCCCCCCGAUUCCCAAUUCCCCUCCCUCCCCCCGAUUCCCAAUUCCCCUCCCUCCCCCCGAUUCCCAAUUCCCCUCCCUCCCCCCGAUUCCCCAUUCCCCUCCCUCCCCCCGAUUCCCCAUUCCCCUCCCUCCCCCCGAUUCCCCAUUCCCCUCCCUCCCCCCGAUUCCCAAUUCCCCUCCCUCCCCCCGAUUUCCAAUUCCCCUCCCUCCCCCCGAUUCCCAAUUCCCCAAUUCCCCUCCCUCCCCCCGAUUCCCAAUUCCCCUCCCUCCCCCCGAUUCCCAAUUCCCCAAUUCCCCUCCCUCCCCCCGAUUCCCAAUUCCCCUCCCUCCCCCCGAUUCCCAAUUCCCCUCCCUCCCCCCGAUUCCCAAUUCCCCAAUUCCCCUCCCUCCCCCCGAUUCCCAAUUCCCCUCCCUCCCCCCGAUUCCCAAUUCCCCUCCCUCCCCCGAUUCCCCUCCCUCCCCCCGAUUCCCAAUUCCCCUCCCUCCCCCCGAUUCCCGAUUCCCCAAUUCCCCUCCCUCCCCCCGAUUCCCAAUUCCCCAAUUCCCCAAUUCCCCUCCCUCCCCCCGAUUCCCCUCCCUCCCCCCGAUUCCCAAUUCCCCUCCCUCCCCCCGAUUCCCAAUUCCCCUCCCUCCCCCCGAUUCCCGAUUCCCCUCCCUCCCCCCGAUUCCCAAUUCCCCUCCCUCCCCCCGAUUCCCGAUUCCCCUCCCUCCCCCCGAUUCCCGAUUCCCCUCCCUCCCCCCGAUUCCCAAUUCCCCUCCCUCCCCCCGAUUCCCGAUUCCCCUCCCUCCCCCCGAUUCCCGAUUCCCCUCCCUCCCCCCGAUUCCCAAUUCCCCUCCCUCCCCCUGAUUCCCAAUUCCCCUCCCUCCCCCCGAUUCCCAAUUCCCCUCCCUCCCCCCGAUUCCCCAUUCCCCUCCCUCCCCCCGAUUCCCCAUUCCCCUCCCUCCCCCCGAUUCCCAAUUCCCCAAUUCCCCUCCCUCCCCCCGAUUCCCAAUUCCCCUCCCUCCCCCCGAUUCCCAAUUCCCCUCCCUCCCCUCGAUUCCCGAUUCCCCUCCCUCCCCCCGAUUCACCUCCCUCCCCCCGAUUCCCAAUUCCCCUCCCUCCCCCCGAUUCCCAAUUCCCCUCCCUCCCCCCGAUUCCCAAUUCCCCUCCCUCCCCCCGAUUCCCGAUUCCCCUCCCUCCCCCCGAUUCCCGAUUCCCCUCCCUCCCCCCGAUUCCCAAUUCCCCUCCUCCCCCGAUUCCCCUCCCUCCCCCCGAUUCCCGAUUCCCCUCCCUCCCCCCGAUUCCCCUCCCUCCCCCUGAUUCCCUCCCUCCCCCCGAUUCCCCUCCCUCCCCCCGAUUCCCCUCCCUCCCCCCGAUUCCCCUCCCUCCCCCCGAUUCCCUCCCUCCCCCCGAUUCCCCUCCCUCCCCCCGAUUCCCCUCCCUCCCCCCGAUUCCCGAUUCCCCUCCCUCCCCCCGAUUCCCGAUUCCCCUCCCUCGCCCCAAUUCCCGAUUCCCCUCCCUCCCGAUUCCCGAUUCCCCUCCCUCCCCCCGAUUCCCGAUUCCCCUCCCUCCCCCCGAUUCCCGAUUCCCCUCCCUCCCCCCGAUUCCCGAUUCCCCUCCCUCCCCCCGAUUCCCGAUUCCCCUCCCUCCCCCCGAUUCCCGAUUCCCCUGCCUCCCCCCGAUUCCCGAUUCCCCUCCCUCCCCCCGAUUCCCAAUUCCCCUCCCUCCCCCCGAUUCCCAAUUCCCCUCCCUCCCCACGAUUCCCCAUUCCCCUCCCUCCCCCCGAUUCCCCAUUCCCCUCCCUCCCCCCGAUUCCCCAUUCCCCUCCCUCCCCCCGAUUCCCAAUUCCCCUCCCUCCCCCUGAUUCCCAAUUCCCCUCCCUCUUCCCGAUUCCCGAUUCCCCUCCCUCCCCCCGAUUCCAAUUCCCCUCCCUCCCCCUGAUUCCCAAUUCCCCUCCCUCCCCCCGAUUCCCAAUUCCCCUCCCUCCCCCCGAUUCCCCAUUCCCCUCCCUCCCCCCGAUUCCCCAUUCCCCUCCCUCCCCCCGAUUCCCAAUUCCCCAAUUCCCCUCCCUCCCCCCGAUUCCCAAUUCCCCUCCCUCCCCCCGAUUCCCAAUUCCCCUCCCUCCCCUCGAUUCCCGAUUCCCCUCCCUCCCCCCGAUUCACCUCCCUCCCCCCGAUUCCCAAUUCCCUCCCUCCCCCCGAUUCCCAAUUCCCCUCCCUCCCCCCGAUUCCCAAUUCCCCUCCCUCCCCCCGAUUCCCGAUUCCCCUCCCUCCCCCCGAUUCCCGAUUCCCCUCCCUCCCCCCGAUUCCCAAUUCCCCUCCCUCCCCCGAUUCCCCUCCCUCCCCCCGAUUCCCGAUUCCCCUCCCUCCCCCCGAUUCCCCUCCUCCCCCUGA